CCCAGUCCCAAAACAAGUCAAGGCAUCGACUUUGUCCGCCCGGGCGUUGAGUCGUGCUUGGCACCUUGCGAAAAAAAGCAAGAAGCGCCUUGCUUGGCGACCUCGCAUGAGUUGGACCUUGCCUCUUUCCGCAGACCUUUCGUUGGACAAGGCCAUUACUGUGCUUCGCUCCCGGCAACAUUCUCGUGAAGAGUCUGAGGCACCGGCUUUGGCUUCCGUAAGUGGCCCACCGGCAUCGGCACCUCCAGGUACUGGACAGGACUCGGUCCUUUCAAGCAAGUUGUCCCGUCCUUCCACAACACCCGGAGUUGGGUCAUCCAAGAUGUCAACGAUGUCAAUUGGAAGGUCUUGGGCUCCUCGAUCUCCAGGUCGAGGUAUCACAGGAAUGGAGCUUUUGAAGCCGAAGAAAGUCAUAGUUGAUGAGCCGGUCCCGGACAAACUAGCAGAUAUGUUGAGGAGAGCAGCUGACUUCGAGAAGCAGUCGGUGGAGAACAGUCUGAGCUCCCGGAACACUCGCUUCACCCAGUCGUGUCAAUCCUUUCGGAGUCUAGGGAGCAUGGCAUCCAGCAGGCUCACCCGUGCUGUCUCCCUUCGGCAGCAGACCAGCCGAUUGUUGGCCACGCGUGGCCGGCAAAGUCCGUCAGCAUCUCAUGGGAAGUAUCGGAUCGGACAGCUCUCAAAGCUUGGUUCGGGUAUUUUUCACCUUCCAGAGAUUCCUGGCACGCCUGUGGAGCAGGGUAAAGAUGCCAAGAAGGCCUCAAAGGCCAAGGCACGCAGUAAAACCAAGAGGAGCGAUGGCCCACAAGAAGUCUCUUUGGAAGCCGCCCGUGCUUUCUGGGAUUUGGCCGCUCAAGAAGAUCGGCGUGCUCAACAGGCUCGAAAUGGUCGCCAUCGAUCAAGCCAGGAUGAAGACAGGCGCCAACCAAGCAACUCUCAGUCAAACCACUACCCCAACUAUGUACGGCACUCUGGCCCGGGCGUGCCAGAACUCUCUCAUCGUGUGGGACUACCAUAUCAAGUGGCUAAGGAGGCUGCUCAUCUCUUCCAUCGAUUUGCUGACUUCCCUAAAGGAGGAGGCAUUUUUGAUGGCAAGCUGAAGGUCUCCCAGCUGACCGAAGUUUUAGUCGCUCUUUGUGAAGUCGCGGACGCCUCAGAGCUGGACAAGGGCUUCACGGAUCGAGCCUUUCGAGCUGCGGAUCGCGACUCAGGUGGCUUCAUUGACAUUGAGGAAUUUGCCAUUUGGUACUCCUCCUUUUGCUUUGCAGAGGAGGUGACCGUGCGACCUCAAGUGCGACAGACCAGGGAAUUAGCACGACAGAUGGGUCUGGAAAUCUGGGCCAUUGAGAAGUUCCGGGUCGCCUUUGACAAGUACGACGCAGACGGUAGUGGAGAGAUUGAAUUUGAUGAGUUUUCAGACAUGGUGCAAGAGCUGCUGAAGAUACCCAAUGGCCAUGAACUCCCGCAUGACCGGCUGAUGACCAUGUGGCGCACGGCCGACAUCACCCAGAAGGGCUACCUUGACUUCCGGGAGUUUUGUUUUUUCUAUGUCCGGAUGGUCUCUAUGGAAGAGGGAUGUGAUCCAAUCAGGGACUACUAUCGAAACGUCCGCAACGUUCCAGUGGCUCCCCUCUAAAUGUCGGAAUUUCAGAAUGAUCCAUGUAUUGCAUGCUGAACCUUGCGCAGAUGUGCAGGUUGUUGUCGAUAAACAUGCAGGUGCUGCUGAUUCAAGCUGUUUCAAACAUUGUGUCAGCGCGCACUGCAGGUACUCUGUCGUGGUUUCACCCGUGCUUUACUUGCCUCAACAUGCCCUGGCAA